UUCUUUCAAAUGAUAAAGAAGUAAUAGAGACAGGGAAAACCAUCUGGAAAAAGUUAUGACUGGAUAUGAGGAAGAAAUCAAAACAAGAAAAAAGAAUCAGGAGGAACAAGCCAAAGAAAUUGAGAGGCUACGGCAGUUCGAGGCUGUCCAUCCGGCUCUUAAAGAUCAACUUGCUGAACUUGAGAAUAGGCUGAGCCAAUCUGAAAGUGGAAAAUUUGAAACUGAAGACAAAUUAAUGCAAGCUGAAAAUGAGAAAAGACAACUUGGAGAAGAAAAACAAAAACUACUGCUUCGGUUAAGCAAAUUGGCUGGGGCGAAACUCACACUUGAUAACCCAAAUAUCGCCGAUCUUAGCGAUCAAAAACGGCCAACAAAAUUGGCAGAAGAAUUCGCUGAGCUGUAUGACAAUGAAUGGACUGAUGCUUUCGAAGAUGUACAAACUGAAGAUGAACGUGAAACAGCUUCAUUUAUGUUAGACUUAUUAAAGAGGGCAAAUGAGUUAUGUCAUCAAGUUUCGGAUGAGCACAUGAACAAAAUAAAGACUAGUAUAUGCAAGCUAACGAUAUCUGUAAACGAUCCUUUUGGAAGACAACCCAAAGAGCACCAUGCACAACCAGUGAACAAUGUCAGUGAUAAAAAAGAAAAGGCAGUAGCUCUACAUGUAGAGGAAACCAGUAGUUCGAAUGGAAACACAUCACGAGAACAUGCUGAACCUCAUGGUCCUUCUGUGCUUGCUCCUCAAGACACUGAUAUUGAACAAAAACAGAAUUUGGAAGAUGUUGCAGGGGACAAAUACGAAGUUACUGACAAAAUUGAACAAUUAUGUGAUAAAGAUAAAUACGAGAAAUCACUGCAGACGGAGGAGAUGCAUGAAGUUAUCUAUGACUUCAAUACCUUCCCAACCGACGGGAAGAAAACAAUCAUGGAGCUACGAAAGUUUGUCGAAGUGACCUUGUCUGAUCGAUUCGAAACGAUUGCUACAGACGUAAUUUCGAGGAAAAGUCGCAUUUACAAUAACCCACAGAAUAAAGUUCUGAAAUAUAUCGCAAAAUGUGUAAAUAUUUGUUGGUCUAUGUGUCGACAAGAACCUACUGUAAAAAUCGACUUUCCAGAAGAACAAGGUGACAUGCACUUUGAUACCGGUGUCUACAAAGCGUAUACAAAAUCAGGCAGACUCAUAGACUAUAUUGUAUGGCCAGCUGUAUAUUUGCAUGAGAAUGGACCUUUAUUAUGUAAAGGAGUUGCUCAGGGAAAGAACGGAAACAAAAAUUGAGAAAUUCAUUAAAUUUGAAAGUAUGUUAAAUGUUAUUGCGCUUACGAAAUGUUACUCCUGUCUUUUUCCCAUGAUCUUUUUUGUUCUCAAACAGUGUCUCGUCCAUACUUUUUGAUGAAAAAAAAAAUAGAAAAUAUCAAAAAUGCACGUACUUUGUGACACUGAUGAAUAAUGUGGGAAAAAAAGACGUUUUGUAACUAGAUUUUCAAUAUUAUUUUCAUUGACUUAUUUCAAUAUAAAGAUAAAGCACAGUUAUUACAGGUUAUACUUACAGGGAGACAUUUUAUGUCAUAAUAUGAAUUUGAUACAUGAUCGUGGAAUGGUUGAACUGGGAGGCUAGAAAAGGGAAAGAAAAAGGGGGCGUUUUGCCAUAUACGUUUUAACACCUAUUUUGAAAAGGACUGUUUUGUAAACUAAAGAGGAGUCACUUGAAAUUGUGUUUUAACCUUAAUUUUGAUAAAGUCCAAUUCCUUUUCAUAUAUCUAGAAUUAACAGCUGUAGUCGUGUGAAUGGGUUUUUGCUAAAAUCUGUUGUUGUUUUUUUAAUUUGUUGUAUUUUUGUGACAUUCCCAGAAAAAGAAGUGUUCAUAGCAUCACAAAAAAUGCUGAGUUUGUUGUGCUUUAGUUGCAUUUAAACAAUUUGUUUCAUUACAGUCAAGUGGUUUAAGACUUAUACUGGGCAUAUCCUGAUGUAAAGGUUGCGGAACAUAUCAUUAUCCCGGUAUUAUUCGUAUUUGUUAUGAUGUUCAUACUAUUUUGUACGCUUUUAUUGUUUAUCAUUUGCAUUCACACAACAUUUCCUGAUUUUUUUACUGAUGGUAAAAAUGUAAAACAAGUGCUUUUUGCGUUUGUUAUGGAUAAAACAUACCAACCAUAUUAUGUCAUUAUUAAAUCUAAGAGCAAUGUAAAGCAAUGCAUAUUGCUCUCAGAGUUAUGGAAAUAUUUUUGUUUAAAAUCUGACCGGAAACCUUUUUUUCAGUGAUUAGGGAACCAUAAUUUAUUUUUCAUUAUAUUAAAGCCAUAAUGUUUUGUGGCUUUUUUUCAAGCAAAUCCAGACAGAAUAUUCUUUUUUUUUCAAAAAAGAAAAAACCAACUGGUCGACCCCUAAAGCUGCUUAUAUCUAACUUUUCCCUAUUAUUGUCUAGCACACAUCUUACUAUUUUAUAAUUCUAGUUCUAAAUUCUACUGAUUGGAAAACUGAACAAUUUAGUUUUGCCUUGAGAAAAGUUAUCAAUCAUUCUCAUAGCCCGCCCGCUUAGCUCAGUAGGUAGCGGUGGUCUACGGAUCGCGGGGUCGUGAGCUCGAUCCCCUGGCGGGGUGUAUGUUCUCCGUGACUAUUUGAUAAACGACAUUGUGUCUGAAAUCAUUAGUCCUCCACCUCUGAUUCAUGUGGGGAAGUUGGCAGUUACUUGCGGAGAACAGGUUUGUACUGGUACAGAAUCCAGAAACACUGGUAAGGUUAACUGCCGCCGUCACAUGACCAAAAUACUGUUGAAAAACGGCGUUAAACCCAAAGCAAACAAACAAACAUUCUCAUAGUACAACUAUAUGAUUUUAGAUGAAACGCAUGUUCUUCUUUUAUGUUGUAUUUGAAUUACCCAAUGGUCUAGCUGACAUGGAGACUAUCAUAACUAGCCUGACCCCGACAUACACAUUUAUGCAUAGCUUUAUUUUUUAAUUUUAUUGUUUGGAUGUAGGGGGGAUAUCAAUCUGUCGUGAAUUCGAAACUGCUAUUGUUUUUUUUUUUUUUUGUAUUUUUCCCCCCCCCAAAUGUUGAUCAUCGGGCAGUGUUUAUGGUAUUGCUGAUGCUACAGAUGGUAGAUGCCUUGGAGGGGAGUUUGGGUUUUAUAUGCUGACCGACUGUGGUGUUUGGGCUACAAUAAUCGAACUUUUGGUUUUACAGCUUAAGGUAGUUCUGCACGUUCUGAUAGUUUUCCUGCAAUAUAGAACUUUACUAAACUAUGAUUUAUACAAUCUUCAGAAUAUACUUAGAAAGUUCGGCAAACCAAAAAAGAUAGGGCGAUGUGUUAAUUCUUUGCUUAACUGAUUGGAAGAGACCUCACGCAAAUUUCAUGAGAGUCUAUGGGAAACAUCACAAUUUGAUGACAUUUUAGCAAAUGUAUUUUUUUUUCUGUAAUGUAGAUAAUAACUGAAACUUCCCAAAUGUGUAAAUAAACAUAUAUGCUAUAGUAAGGUAAAAUAAAAUUUAUAGGUCAAUGUGCUUGUUAUUUUCUUUUUUUUUAAGAUAUGUACCUACAGUCGCGCAUUUCAGGCUGAUUUUAAGACAUUAUUCAGAAACAUUUAAUGUGUCAAGAUAAUAACGUAGUCGUUUUACUAACUUUACUCACGAAUCGCCAUUGAUUCAUGAAAUAAUUUUCGUUUCCAUAUACUGAGUCCAGGCUUUAAUCAUCUUUAUCCUAAUAAAUGACGUUAUGUCAGUACUUCCGUUUUAUCAAACUUGCAGAACUAUUUAAAAAUGUUCACUUUAUUUCAGAUUAUACCAUUGUCGAACGUGCAUGUACACCAAACUCGUGAAACUACUAAAAACUACUGUAUAAAUAUGCUGGUUGCUUUACAUUAUAAACUAAUGUUGAAACCUUAGACAUUUUAGACCGACCAGUUGGGGCUGGAAUGAAAUGAUUGUUUGUUUGUUCGUUUUGGGUUUAACGCCGUUUUUCAACAGUAUUUUAGUCAUGUAACGGCGGGCAGUUAACCUAACCAGUCUUCCUGGAUUCUGUACCAGUACAAACCUGUUCUCCGCAAGUAACUGCCAACUUCCCCACAUGAAUCAGAGGCGGAGGACUAAUGUAUUAGAUACAAUGUCGUUUAUCAAAUAGUCACGGAGAACAUACGCCCCGCCCGAGGAUCGAACUCACGAUCCGCGAUCCGUAGACUUAUUAUUCAUUUUACUUACUGAGCUAAGCGGGCGGUUACAAAUGAAUCCUGAUAGAUACUGAUAUGGUCAUGUGAGAUAUUUCAUUAAAGAACCAGAGUUAGAAUCUGGAAGCAGGAAGGUUUCCCUAUUUUACAGCUUUGAUUGUUCCAAUACCUGGUGCAACUGCUGGAAUCUUUUGAAUUUCUGUGAAAUAAAGAAGUGCUUUAAAUACAUAUAUUUUAAUUAAAAAGGUAAACGAGAUAAUGCAAAAACUCUUUAAUGUUCAAACUGGAAUGUGUUUGUUUUUCUUUGGAUACGUUUUAUCUACUUUCAUUAAAAAUAUAUGAACGGUU